CGUUUGAAUAUUUUUCUGCUUAUAAAGGUUAGAGAAAGAAUACACACGUGUAAAGCACAAAGAAGCAGAAGAUAAUGAGGAAUUGCGGCGAUUAAAAACCGAAAACAGACUACUGCUUCAGAGAAUAGACGAGCUUGAAAAGGUAGGAGACUUGGGUGAGCUGAAUGUGUUGGCAAUUGCAUGAACUCAUUAUUUAUGUUUGUUAUUAUAUUAUCUUUGGAUUCUGCAUGCGUUUUGGAAUGUUUUGGUCAACAACUUAAAGUAAACCGUUAACACAGUUACGCAAUCAGUCCAUCGGAGACGAACUAACGGUAGCAUUAUUAAGUGUAUUUUGAAAUUAUCAUCGAUCUUCUUUGGUAAUCAUUUGCUUUACCUAUUCUCAAAAAAUCUUAAAACGAGUGUUGUUGAUAUACAUACUUUUUUCAUUUUUUUUUGUUUUUACAGGAGGGGGCCAAUUUAGCCGAUAGAUUAAUACAGGUAAAACGGCUUUUUCUGUGCAGAUGGAAUGGGCACUGUUUAAGUUUAGAACCGUGACUAAACUAGGGCGCAAGUUUACAUCACAAUCUUGUUUUUCUUCAGACUAAAUUUAUGUGGCGACAUAGGGCCGUGUCCAGCCCUGGCCAAGAAAUCCAGAGUUUCUUCACUUCUUACUUGGUUCUAUACACUUCUCAGAGGUGUGGAAGUAGUGAAUAGUCUGACAAAGUCAGGGUAUUGUCACACUUUUAUCCAGUCACGAACCCUUUGUCAUUCUUUCCUUCGUUCGGUGUGGAAGUGUGGAAUAGCGUGGCGACAUAAACGUCUAAGUAAACGCACAUGUACUUGAAUGUAAAAUGCCAGUUUCAGUGCAGGCCAGGUAAGGUCUAAGAGACCACAUCAAGCUUGAGUUGCGUCGGUUUAUGAAGCAAUACAUCUUGAGCCUGCGUGCUAAGAUUUUGGCCGGAUUCUAGUUUUAGCACCCCACUUCCCCUUUGGGCAGAGCUCGGUAGUCAGUUAAUCCUUUUUUGAACUUUACUCUGUUGUUAGGUUUUUCACCUUAUGAUGAUCUAAUUCCUCUUAUUUUAGGGCCAAAUUACUCGAGCUGAAGAACAAGAGCAAAUUUAUACUCUCAGGAGAGAUCUUGUACUUAUAAGAAAACACGACGAGGCCACAACGGUGGCUCUGUUGGAGGCCAACAGACGCAUAGAGGAACUCGUCAUGUUUAAGGUUUGAAACAUAGUUGCUUUGUAAGCUGCCGGUCUUCAGUAAGAUGUAAAACUGAUUAUGAAAAGUCGAAGUUGAUGUGAAGAGAUCCAUAUUAAGCUUUGUCCGUCGUUAUAUGUGAAAACUGAAAGGAGACUCACUUUGUUGACUUAAAAAAAAUGCACUUUAUUUGAGUGUCAAAGUAUUUAGCACGAAAGUACUAACAGGGGACACUUUUAUUUUUUACGUCUCCAACUGGAGACGGGACCGCCAUUUUACGUGGUCAUCCGAGACAUGCGAAGGUUUAGCCGCUUUAAGUGCAAAGGGAGAACCUACUUUCUUGCGACCGGGAAAUAUCGAAGUGGAUUGGGGGGGGGGUUGCCUGAAAGCCGCCCUCCGAUUUGCCACCAGUGGUCCAAAAUAGCCUGUAAAAUUGCGCGAAAAUAAAUCGGUGGCCUGGAUUAUAAGUACAUACAAACUACUGCUCCAAACGCAACCCGAUUCGUGAUUUUCAUAGUCAGUUUCGUGAAAAAUUAAUCAAUUUGUACCGAUUAGUUAAAAGUAUUAUUAUCGUUCAGAAGCUCUGCAUCUUUUUUUGUUGGUUUGACUUAUGUCUGUUGACUGAAACUGUUAAUGAAAUGCCUUUCUUUGUAGAAUCAUAUUAUUAAUGAGAUGGCCUCACGCCCGGACGCCUCUCCCCCCUCCCCAAGGGAUGUCAAGCUUAUUGCAUUAGAGGCAGAAUUGGAAGAGUGCAAGAAAAGGGAAUCCAAUACAAAUCAAAUUAUUAACGAUAUGACGAGGAGAACACGGGAUUUAGAAAACGAGGUU